AUGACAGGAAUUAACGAUAUCAUAAAUAAACACUAUAAAGAAUAUAUCGAAAGAAAUCCCAAUGUUCAACACGAACAAACACCAAAUGUCCAUCAAGAUCCAUUCAGAGGCCAUGCAUGCGACCACGACAAAAUGAUGGAACAAAGAAAUAAAAGAGUUCAAGAUAAUAUUAAAAAACAAAAAGAAUUAGAACAAGAAAACAACCACAAAUAA